AUGCCGAGAAGAAGCCGGCCCGCAGGUGGCAUCCUCAUGGGCUGCUUCUGCGGUGCGCAUCGCCCGGACCUAGGGCUUGCCUUAUUUGGCCGCUUCCUCGGGACAGGCCUCAAGACAAACAAGAUUGUGGCCACCACCUUCCUCAAGUGCCUCUGCUACGCCAAACGUACAGAUGAGGCUGUCAACUUGCUGCUUCGUAGGAUGCCCGAGCUUGGCUGCGUGCCUGAUGCAAUCUCAUACACCAUUGUUCUGAAGAGCUUAUGCGAGAAUAGCAUGAGUCAGCGGGCACUUGACCUGCUCCAGAUGGUGGCAGAAGGAGGAGGUGCCUGCUCCCUCAAUGUGGUGGUGUAUAGCACAGUCAUCCAUGGCUUCUUCAAGGAGGGCGAAACAGGCAAGGCAUGCAAUCUAUUCCAUGAAAUGAUCCAUCAAGGGGUUGUGCCCAAUGUGGUCACGUAUAGCUCGAUUAUUGAUGCGUUGUGCAAGGCCAGAGCAAUGGACAAGGCAGAGCUAGUCCUUCAACAGAUGGUUGAUAGUGGUGCUCAACCGAAUAAUGUGACAUAUAAUUGCAUGAUCCAUGGAUAUUCCACAUCAGGGCAGUUGAAAGAGGCUGCUAAAAUGUUUAGAAAAAUGACAAGCCAUGGUCUUGUACCAAAUGCAGUCACUUGCAGCUCGUUAAUGACUUCCCUUUGCAAGCAUGGAAGAAGCAAAGAAGCGGCGGAAAUAUUUUAUUCCAUGACUGCCAAGGGCCACAAACCGGAUGCCGUCUCGUACCGUAUUUUGCUUCAUGGGUAUGCCAAUGAAGGAUGCUUUGCUGAUAUGAUUGAUUGA